UCAAUUGUACUGCUACUAUGGUUGCCAAUAUUCUUGUGAUUAAAAGCAUAGUAAACAAUAACACAUGUGUACGGUAUACUGACAAUUAUGAUCGCGUACCUACUAAAUAAACAUAAGGAAAAGUUAAUGAAAAUACUGGAAGAUUUGGAUAGUACGAAACACUUUGGAUUUGCUUUAAUGUUUGUAGAGAUCUGCGAUGCAGAUCCAAAGUUGGCCAAUUCCAUACUUGGAAGCCCAGAAGAAGGUUUACAAACAUGUGAUAACUUGAUUAUCAGUGCACAAGAGGCAUUGAUCACUCAAACUGACAAUAAAAUCUACACUUUAAAGAAAAAUGUACAUGCAAGAGUAUUUGGGUUACCAACAUGCCCAGAAGUGCACAGGACUGAUUUACCAAAACCCACAGAUUUGGGGAGUUUCUUACAGUUGUCUGGUUUAAUUGUAAAAACAGCUUCAAUGAAAGUGCUAGAAUACAGGAGAGAUUAUGAGUGCAUAAAAUGUAAAUAUAAAAUGACAAUAUAUGCUGAUCAUGAUAUGAACUACAGCAUUAAUCCACCAACGUUUUGCAAGAAUCCAGAAAUCUGCAAGGGAAUCAAGUUCAAAGUGGUCAGUACAUUGGAUUCAACUCACUGCAAAGAUUACCAAGAGAUCAAGAUGCAGGAGGAGGGGAAAACGGUUUCCAAUCACAUGUGGUUGAUAUUGGAGAAUGAUUUGGUGGACGUUUGCAAACCAGGAUCUACUGUAACUGUUUGUGGAAUUGUCAGGAAUAGACUCAAGAAAACUCACGUGGCUGGACGUCCACUUUUAAUUGAGAUGACUUUACUGGUGAAUCAUUUGCAGGUGAACAAUGAUGUGGGACCUUCAACUGUGUCCACUAUAGAACGUAACCAGCAGUUUGAGUCGUUCUGGUACAAAUACAGAUUGUAUCCUUUGUAUGGGAGGGAUCUUAUAUUAAGAUCGUUUUGUCCUCAGAUUUACGGCAUGUAUAUGGCUAAAUUGGCUGUGGUUAUUGUCUUGGCUGGUGGAAGUACUUUUCACGAAGAAGGCGAUACUAACGUGAGGACGAGGACGGAACCGCAUUUGCUUUUGGUUGGAGAUCCAGGAACUGGAAAAUCGGAGCUGCUCAGAUUUGCUAGCACUAUUAUACCUAGGUCGGUUCGUGUAACUGGAAUCACCUCUACUUCGGCCGGAUUAACUGCAGCUGCUGUUCAUGAAAACGGUGAUUGGCAUUUGGAAGCGGGAGCUUUGGUCCUUGCUGAUGGCGGCAUUUGCUGCAUCGACGAGUUCAACUCCAUGAAAGAACACGAUAGGAAUAGCUUAUUAGAAGCUAUGGAACAACAGACAGUUAGCGUUGCAAAGGCAAGUAUUGUCACGAAAUUGAAUACACGUUGCUCAAUUUUGGCUGCGAUGAAUCACAAGAAUUCUUCGGAUAAUCUCACGGAGUCGCUCGGAUUAUCGAGUCCUCUGAUCAGUCGCUUCGAUCUAAUCUUAACUGUCAUGGACAAGAGGGACGACGAUUGGGAUGAGCGUGUAGCCGAUUACAUCUUGAACGGAUGCAAGUAUAGAUCCAAGUUUUUCGAGGACAAGAACAACAAGUGGUCUUUAGAGAUGUUACAGGCAUACUUUUCGCUAAUUAAAAGCGUAAAUCCUAAAUUAAGCGAUGCGGCGAAUACAGUUUUGGCUGCCUAUUACCAAUUGCAAAGGAACAAUUCAAUAAGUUCCAAAUCCAGGACAACCAUUCGCUUAUUAGACAGUCUCGUCCGAUUGUCGCAAGCACACGCCAGAUUAUUGCAACACAAGACUGUGCUCAUAAUGGAUGCUGUCGUGGUUAUAUCAUUGAUUGAAUACGGAAUUGGCAAGGAUGAAAACAGCAUGGGUUUGGAUACUGAAUAUUUUAAAGAUUAUCCCGUUGAUCCCACAGAAUCCUACAACAAAAUCUGCGAAACUAUAUUAAGCAAAUUGAAUUUGCUUGGAAUCCAAGACGAUGGAGACAAUUGCGACGCGUUUCCUCCUCAUGUUGAUCAUAAAAUGUCCUUGAAAAGAAAAUCAGAUUGUUUCAACAACGAUGAAAGAUCGUCCACGAAAUUGAAAUGUAAUAGUAAAUCAGUGGAAACUGAAACUUCGGUAGCUCUUAAAAAAACUACUGUAAUAAAAUCAGAUCAAAAGAAGGAAUCGCUUAAAAACAGUUAUGAAAAGCAUGAAAGUGUAUCAGACAAUUCCGUAAAGACGAUAUUAGAACAAUCCAAGUUUCAAGUCAGGAAACGACCAUUGGACAAGGUUAAAUCCUUUGCGAGUUGCAGCAGUUUUUCGAGCGAAUCGAUUUUUGAUAGCGAAGAACAUGAAGUCGAUUUUGAUUUAUAGAUUUGGAUUGGGGAAGAUUCAUGUAAUUAAAUCAAAUCAAUUCGGAUCCAG